AGCUCUUAAACCAUGUAUAAGCUCACAGCCAUUCUGGUCAUCAGUUUAAUUACUGGAAAUCUAAAUGGAUCUCAAUCAGAGGACUUGGAAACCCGCUGUGGCAAUCACUUCUUCUCUAGGUUUAGGCCAGUAAUGAAUUUCAUUAUUGACCAACAGGAGAGUGCAAACCGAACCCGUGAUGAACGGCAUCAGAUGCAAAUCCAGUUGGCAUCCGUACAGGAAGCUUUUACCAGUGCUAAGGCCUCUCUGGACUCCAAGGAUCUCAGGCUGGAGAAGUUGGAGAGCCAGCAGAUAAUUGCUCAGGACGUUGUGGAUAAGCUUGGUGGGACGGAGUACCACCUUACAGGCAUAGAAAAUUUACUGGUAUCUAUGCAGAACAAGAUGGACAUCAAUUUCUCGGCAGUUAAGGAAACCCAGGCACAACAGGCAGCCUUGCAAGAAGCUGUAAAUAUAAGGUUACAGAGGAUGGAAGAAUCUUUGAAGGAGUUAAUCCGGCAGGUCCCAAUCAGGUUCGAUCUGGAAAGGCCACUUGAAAACAUAAUGCACAUGCUUAGAUUAAUUAUGAACUAUCGGAAAGUCCAAUCUAGAUAUUUCUUUAUCUUGGAAAGUGUGAAAUCCUAUAGUGAUGCUGAAAAGUAUUGUGUAGAUAAGGGGGGACAUUUGGCGACAUUUGAAAAUGAUGAGGAACUAAAUGCCAUUAUCGCGAUGGUCAAUCAUGGUGAUCGAUACUGGUUGGGCGUCAAUGAUAAGGCCAUUUCGGGGGAGUUUGUAAGUGUGGACACCGGUAAGAAAGUCUCGUACUUAAAGUGGAGUCCGGGUGAACCCGAUUAUUGGAACGACAAUAUGCACUGCGUUGUCUUGUUUCAGGGUGCCAUGAGGGUAAACGAAUGCAAUCAUGGAAGAUAUUUUAUUUGUCAAGCAGGAAACGAAAUGUACUUAAAAGAGACAAAUCACUUAAGUUAAGCAAUGACAAUACAUAAAAACACAUUUAAUUCCGAUUAAAAUUUGAUAAGUUAGUUCAAAAAAUGUAAAGAUCGAAUUUUGUUCUUGAUUGGAAAAUAAAACUGAAAUAUUCUAAAAGCA